ACUACACAGCAUUGUUGUCUUUGCACACUAGUGUGUUCAUCUGAUAUGAAGGCUUUUCUUGAAUUUCCUAAAGAGAGUAAAAGGGACAUAAAAGAGGAAUACUGGAGUAGUGAGUAGUUCCUCUAGCCUUUUCAUCUCGUUUUACUUUUUUCUGUAUUUAUUUGCAAAAGAGCAAGAACCUUUGUAUGUGUUUCAAUUCAUCCUCUGUGAAUUUUUUGAAGUCUACUUAAAGUGGAGGUGAAAGUGUUCAUGCUUUCUUGCAAUUUUGCUACUACCGUGUUUUGGUUUUUGUCCUGUGUUGUAUAUUAAACAGCUGCUUUUUUACUGUAAGGACCUGAAUGGAAUCAUUUACAGAUCACCGUUACCAGGGUUACAGAGAACAAGUAAACUCUUGGUAGUAUGCACUAAACAGUGAUGCUCAGAUUUUUUAAAAGAGUUCUUUAAAGACAAAUCGGAUGGUUGAAAUAAUGGUAGGAUUUUCAUCAGGACUUGAAAUUUCAGCUGAGAGAAAAUGUAAGUCUGAAAACAAAGGAUUGAUUCAAGCCAGCUGGCUAUCACCAUAUCUCUGUAGGGGGAGCUUCCCUAUGGCCUGCCUCAAGUCUGGACACUGAGUUUGUACUCCUCCAUGGCCCAGCUGUCAGCAUUGGGCAGGUAUGCAAUCUCAGCAGGAGAACCUACUUCUGAGGCUAGACCAAGGUGGCCUAUUAGCUGCCAGCCAGCCUGGGAGUAAGACCUUGGCCAGUUCUUGGGUGUGUAAUCUGUACCCAGCUUGGGGUCCACUCUUCUACUGUCACUUAAUAGGAUGGUUCUUGUCUAGAACAUGCCCCUGGUUUUGGAAAUGGGCCUAGAAACAGAAAUAGCCUUUUCCUCCGGGUGGGCAUCUGACAUGUUACAUGGAGGAGAGGGGCACAGACAGGCAGGCUGUCCUAUUUAAGGACAGCCCAGGAUCUGUGCUAAGUAAGCAUUGUCUCUGCUCAAUAUUGUUGCUACAGCAAAUGGGACUGUGAUGUCUGGAAGCUCUUCUUGCACUUUUUUUUUUUUUUUUUUUUUUUUUGCAAUUACCAGUAACAAUCAGGGGAUUCUGAAGCUUUUGCUUGUAGUGACUGAAGGAACAUAAUUAUUCUGUUGAAGGAAUUUUUUUUCUGGAAAACUUCACUUUAGUAAACAUUACACUCAAAUUCUUAAUGUUUUCUUUUUACUUUUUCUAAUGUGGCAGGAACACUGUUUCUAUUAACAAAGAUCAUCAACUACCAAUUACAUUAAGCCUUUAUGAUAGGUAAUAAUAGUUCAUUCUCUGAUUGUGCCUGGACUUAAUGAUGAGUACAAAAUUCUCCAUGUAAAACUUGCUGGAUUCCUAAGUCUGAUUGUUGUCUUUUGGGAUUCAAAAUAACCAUUAGGAAGUUCUAUCAGUUUGGAGGGUGGUUUUAGAGUUCUUUGUUAAAAAUUGGUUUUUAAAUUUUUUAAAAAGAUCAUCUUUGGACAAAAUAGUAAUACGACAAGAGUUACACUUGGAUAAUCUGGUUGCCAGCUGACUUGGUUAUUUCUGUGUGUUUUGUCAUUGAGUCUGCUUUAAAAAUAAGAAGAUAUAAAAUGACAAAGUACUUUUUAUGACUAAAUAAAAUUCCAUAUUUUGUAGUCAACAUAAAAAAUAUGUAGAUAGGUCUUGAUAAUUUGCAGAUUGAGGAAGUUUAAGAGGUGAUUGAUUCAGAACAAUAAGUGUCAUUACUCCUAAUUUUCUUACAGAAGCUAACACAGGAGAAGGGACAAUACAGCAGGUGGACUACUGCUUUAUUUUUUUAUGAGUUUGGGGUAAAUUGUGCUGCUGUGGAAGGAACUCUGGACUGAGUGUCAGGACCCAGGAUUCGACUUGACUUUGCCAUUAUCCACCUGAUACUUUGACCAUUCUGACCCUCAGUUUCCUCAUCUGUAAAAUGGAGAAAUGUUGUAAAAAUCUAGAUUCUAAACUCUUGUGGCUUAACAUUCCUUAGAUAUUUGCUUGGAAAUGAGAGGCAGAGUGGGGAGCUUCUCAUUAGGCCUCUGUUUUUGGGAAAUAAAUUUUAAUUUCUUGUUCAUCUUAAAUAGUUUAGUGGAUAUAUUAGGAACUGCCUAAGCAGAGUUCUUUAGGGACCCUCCAGCAUUUGCUUUAACAGAACACAGGCUUACUGAACACAGGCCUGCUGCAUCCUGCUGUGGGUGCCUCAGUUGUGACCCUAGCACCCAGAGCAGUGCCUGGCUCAGAAUAGAAGAGCAACAAGUACCUGUUGACUGAAUAAACAGGUAUUUCUGGAGCUUUUGUAAUGUGUCUUGUGUGGAAUACAAUGGACGGAAAGGCCCACUCCCUGCCCUCAAGGAGUUUCUAAUCUAUUUGUGAAGACAAGCUGUAAAUGCACCUACAUUUAAAUCAUUUUCCAAGACAUAUGUUAUAAGGCCAUAUAUGAUUACUUGCCAGAUGAAUGAUUCAGAUAAUAAUUGCUUAAGAGUUCAGACUGGGAGGGAAUGGAAGGGGGCUGCCAGGGAAGAUUUCACAGAUGAAUUUUUAGGGUCUGUUCUUGGAAGAACAGAGGUACUUACUGUUGGCAAAAAUAGCAAAUCCUAAGGGAAGCCUGGCUUUCAAGGAAGAACGAAGACUUUGUGUUGAUUUUAGACCUCCUAGUUAAGGGACGGCUUUCCGAACACCUCAGUUUCAAGCAUGGAGUUUGGAUGUCAGCUGUAACAUCUAGUUUGAGAAGUUUCUGUUUCUGCCAUGACCUAAUGCUUCUGAUGGGAUCCUGACCGCAAGUGAAUUUUAUGUGUCAGACUAGAAACAAACAAAACAACUCCUUUGGUCACCUGAGCUUAUUCAAAUUCAAGGGCUAUGUGUUAUUUAAGAUUUCUUUAUGUCUGUUUUGAGCUAAAUAAUUCAUUCUGGCAAGCGUUUAGUUUACAACAGAGAGGGAGCAUGUUCUGGUGGGAGGGAGAAUAAAAGAGCCUUUGAUUCGUUUGCUCCUGAGUUCCAGCAGGAGGGCCAGUGCUGCCUUGGGCUAGUGUCUUAUUUUGGACUUUGGAAGCCAUCUUAGCCCAGCUGUGUGAGUGCCAGCUAGUGUUGGAGGAAAGAGAAGAACGCCACUGGGUCUCAUUAAACCCCCUCUGACUGUUGAUGGAAGGGGUUCUCUCAUUUCACAUUCCUCAAAUUAACAUGGUGGCUAAUUUCCACCAACUUAGAGCUUCAUCAGAAUUUGCCAUUUGAACUUUGGCUUGAAAGUCACAACGUUUCUGUGUGACUCCUAUUAUCUCUGUGUGUGGAUUUGAGUACAGGAAACUUAUCAAGUCACAGGUCUUUUUUUUCCUCCCCUCUUUGGCUACAAGCACAAAUGAAAUUAGCAUUCUUUUCUUCUUUAGAUUACUCCUGGGGAAAAGUGGUUCUUUGUACCGUGGAUUUCCACAUCCAUUAAAUAAGUAGCGUCUUCAGUUGCCAACUAGAUGGCUGGGGAGUCUUACUGAAUAGUAGGUGGCAGUUCAGGCCUGUGGAAUUACUGGGAAAAGUCACUUUAGGAACUGGGCGUUUUUGACCAUUCCAGGCUUGUACGCGUGAGCACCUUAAUACAAGAAUAACUGGACUGGAAAAGAGAGUCUUUUAUAUUUUAAGCAGUUCUUUUAUUCAUAUGCGCAAAAUUCUCUUUAACUAAGGGAAGAAUUCUCACUGUUAAAUGCAUAUGAAGUAGAACCCAGCAGCUUUUGACUGUGUGAUAGCCUGCUUUGUAAAAAAUAGUUAACACGGUGCACCGAAAUACAUGUUUGGUUGUUAUCUCUGUUACAUUAGCUCUUGAAGCAUUCUGAUUACAACUUGUAGCUGCCAAGCCCUGUCCUGCAGUAUUUAUCUGGAACAAAAAUUUUCCAUGUGGUUGUUUUUAGCAGAGCUGCUAUAUGCAAACUGCACAUGAAGAUGUAAGUUGCAAAGAAAUAGAGCUUCCAGAAGAGGAAAUGAAUACUUCAGCCUCUUAUGUACUCUGUGCAUCUGCUUACAAGAUCUGCUGGAAUCUCCUCCACAUCUGCUUUGCAUGGAAGAGGAGAUGGUUUGUGUUACGCAGUGGUCGCUUAACUGGAGAUCCAGAUGUCUUGGAAUAUUACAAAAAUGAUCAUGCCAAGAAGCCUAUCCGUAUUAUUGAUUUAAAUUUAUGUCAGCAAGUUGAUGCUGGAUUGACAUUUAACAAAAAAGAGUUUGAAAACAGCUACAUUUUUGAUAUCAACACCAUUGACCGAAUUUUCUACUUGGUAGCAGACAGUGAGGAAGAGAUGAAUAAGUGGGUUCGUUGCAUUUGUGACAUCUGUGGGUUUAAUCCUACGGAGGAAGAUCUUGUGAAGCCCCCUGGCAACUCUGCCCAGGCGCCAGCCGAUUUACCUUUGGCGGUCAACACAGCACCGCCGUCCACCCAGGUAGAUUCAUCCUCCACUGCUCCACCUCCUCCCUAUCAGCUAAUUAACCUUCCACCACACCUGGAAACUGUUGGCAUCCAGGAGGAUCCUCAAGACUACCUCUUGCUAAUCAACUGUCAAAGCAAGAAGCCUGAACCCACCAGCCAAGGGUCAUCUUUUGUUUCUGAAGAAGGAGAGGAAUACCUACUACUAGAAGAUUUUGAAAGCAAAACGAUUCCAUUGCAAACACAUGCUGAUUCUGCAAAAUCCACCUCUUCUGAAACAGACUGCAAUGAUAACGUCCCUUCUCAUAAAAAUCCUGCUUCCUCCCAGAGCAAACAUGGAGUGAAUGGCUUUUUUCAGCAGCAAAUGAUGUAUGACUCUCCACCGUCUCGUGCUGCAUCUGUUUCUGUAGACUCCAGCCUUUAUAACCUGCCCAGAAGUUACUCCCACGAUGUUUUACCAAAGGUGUCUCCAUCAAGUACCGAGGCAGAUGGAGAACUCUAUGUUUUUAAUACCCCAUCUGGGACAUCAAGUGUAGAGACUCAAAUGAGGCAUGUAUCUAUUAGUUAUGACAUUCCUCCAACACCUGGUAAUACUUAUCAGAUUCCACGAACAUUUCCAGAAGGAACUUUGGGACAGACGUCAAAGCUAGACACUAUUCCAGAUAUUCCUCCACCUCGGCCACCGAAACCACAUCCGGCUCAUGACCGAUCGCCUGUGGAAACGUGUAGUAUCACACGCACGGCCUCAGAUACUGACAGUAGUUACUGUAUCCCUACAGCAGGGAUGCCACCAUCACGUAGUAAUACCAUUUCCACUGUGGAUUUGAACAAAUUGCGAAAAGAUGCUAGUUCUCAAGACUGCUAUGAUAUUCCACGAACAUUUCCAAGUGACAGAUCUAGUUCACUUGAAGGCUUCCAUAACCACUUUAAAAUCAAAAAUAUAUUGACAGUGGGAAGUGUAUCAAGUGAAGAACUGGAUGAAAAUUAUGUCCCAAUGAAUCCCAAUUCUCCUCCACGACAACAUUCCAGCAGUUUUACGGAACCAAUUCAGGAAGCAAAUUAUGUGCCAAUGACUCCGGGAACGUUUGAUUUCUCUUCGUUUGGAAUGCAAGUUCCUCCUCCAGCUCAUAUGGGCUUCCGGUCCAGCCCAAAGACCCCUCCCCGAAGGCCAGUUCCUGUUGCAGACUGUGAACCACCCCCCGUGGAUAGGAACCUCAAGCCCGACAGAAAAGGUCAAAGUCCUAAAAUUUUAAGACCCAAACCCCCUGGUUUAGAGCGAACUGAUUCACAAACCAUAGGUGACUUUGCUACAAGAAGAAAGGCCAAGCCAGCACCUUUAGAAAUAAAACCUUUGCCAGAAUGGGAAGAACUGCAAGCCCCAGUUAGAUCUCCCAUCACUAGGAGUUUUGCUCGAGACUCCUCUAGAUUUCCCUUGUCUCCCCGACCGGAUUCAGUGCAUAGCACAACUUCAAGCAGUGACUCACACGACAGUGAAGAGAAUUAUGUUCCUAUGAACCCAAACCUAUCCAGCGAAGACUCAAAUCUUUUUGGCAGUAACAGCCUUGAUGGGAGAAGCAGUCCUAUGGUCAAGCCCAAAGGAGACAAACAAGUAGAAUACCUAGAUCUGGAUUUAGAUUCUGGGAAAUCCACACCACCACGUAAGCAAAAGAGCAGUGGCUCAGGCAGCAGUGUAGCUGAUGAGAGAGUAGAUUAUGUUGUGGUUGACCAACAGAAGACUCUGGCUCUAAAGAGCACUCGGGAAGCCUGGACAGAUGGGAGACAGUCCACAGAAUCUGAAACACCAGCCAAGAAUGUGAAAUGAAAAUACUGCUUCGCUGUUUCUGAAUAACGAGAACUGAAUUGUAAACAUAAAUCCUGUUUGAGAUGACCUGACACUUCUAUUCUAGGUAGAUCCUCAACUGAGUAGAAUUGAAGUCAGAGGACUUUUCACACAUAAUCAAGCAAUUUAGACUGUAAAUGGUGCUUUGUGGUAUCUCAACAAUCCAUAACAUGUAAAUAAUGUGGGAAAAUACUAUUGUUUAGCUCCCAGAGAAACAUUUGUUCCAUAGUUAACACACUUGUAGUAUUAACUGUAUUUAUGCACUUUUUCAUUUAAAACGUUGGUUUGGGUAUUCCCAAAUGUUCCUUAACAUAAUUCCUUUGGGAGUUCUUGUUUUUCCUCACACUACUCUAUAUAACAAUACUAAGUUAACUAAGCUACUUUUAGAUUUGGAAAUUGCUCUUUAAACUGCACUCUAACAACAUUAAAAUGAGAAGUAGAUUUACAAUUUACCUGUCUACCUGAAACAUCAGGUGGUAGCCAUUAGCCUAAACUACACAGUAUAGACGGGCUCGUCAUUCACUGCGUUCCAAAGUGCUGAGGAUAAUAUAUGUACUGGUGUCAGGAACUAAUUCUCUGGUUCAUGUACAUUUAGUUUUCAAUGGUGGAACUUUAUUAUAUUUUGUUAAUUACAGUGUUUUUGGUUCAUUGAGUGAAGAUUCUGCCAGGUGGGAUCUUGCACCUUGGGAAGACUGAAUAAUUACACUAUCAAGUAAGCCUACAGAUCACUUACCGGCAUGCAGUGAUGAUGUGCUCUCACACUUGUUAACAUGUAUUAAACUUUACAUUAUUUGCAAAGAUAGAUUAUAUAACCAGGUACGUACCAGGCACUGAUGUGCUAAUACACUGAUCAGGUUUAGACAAUGAGCUUUAGUUGUGUUCUUGUUAGUCCUAAUAUUGGUUUCCAAUUUGGACUUAAGGAAACAUUCACUGUUAGUUAUAGCAACAUACUGUGAUUUUUUUUUAAUUAGACAGUAAUUCAGAUUUAUUACUCUGAGAAUGAAAUUCUAUCUUUUGACACCAUAGUGCCCUUUCUAUGAUUUUUUUAACUUUACUUAAUAUUCUUCUUGGCCUUAUAUUUAAAUCCCUAUGCAAUUAAUAUUUUAUAUCUACAUUUUUUUAAAAAAAUAGAUGUUCUAUAAGUGAUUCUUGUAUGUAGCACCAGUUGCUUUUCCAGUAAAAGAAUUAAGGAUUUUGUACUGUGAUUUAUAUUCACUGCCCUAAUUUGAGAAAUUUUGGAGUAUUGUUAUAAUGUGAAAUCUUAGAGUCAUGAACCUCUUCCAACCAGAUGUCUGAAAUCACCAGAGGAAUUAUAUAAUUCUGUCUCACCUGUAAUACGGUCCUGUGAUACAGAUAUCAAAACCACAAAUUAUAUAUAGUGAGACUACAGUUGUAUUUAUCUGUUUUGGCUUUGCAGUGUAAUUUAGAAAGCAGGUAUAAUUUGUUUGUUUGCUUGUUUUUUUUAACUAAGUUACAAACAAUCUCUUAUGUAUUGAUUUGGGACUUACUAACAGUUUUUGGAGGAGGCAGAGAUAAGAGUACCCACAGCUGAGGCAUGACUCCCUCCAUUCAGACCUCUAACUGUUGCCUGAACACACAGAUGUGCCCUGAUUUCUGGUCUUUUGGCCAUAGUACUGUGCCUAAUCAAUGUAAUGGGUUUAUUUCCCCAAUCCACGAACUAAAAUUGUUCAUAACAAGAUGAAUUGUAGACUAGUAACAUUUGAUGCUUUUAAAUGUUUGCUUCUUUUUAAACAAAAACUAAAACUCAGAAGUGAAUUUUCAGAUGGAUUUUUAAAUAAAAAAAGAUUGUUUGAAUUUGGUGUGCACAAGCUGUUUUGUAGUGAAACCACAAAAUAAAAUCCAAAGUUACUGAAAUGUGCCUAAACCAUUAAAACACACAACACAGUUGAUGUGUGAAGAUGCUAAAUUGUGUUAUGUGGAAGUUGAAUGUAUUUUCAGAAUUAUAACACAAUAAGUAUAUUAUUAAUUCAAAAAUGGAAUCUUAUCAGAAGAGUUCUAAGGCAAAUAGACUUUUAGUGCAGUUUUUCAAUUUUUUACAAGUUACCCUUUUUGAAGACCUGCAGCAUUCUAAUUGGUCGAAGUAAUCUAAUAACUGAAAUGUGUUAGACAGUUUUAGCAAAUGAAAUCACAUUAUACAUCGUAUUAACAGAUUAAAAGAUAGUUUCUUACGGAGCAUUAUUUUCCAAACAUUUGUUGAAUAAAAUUUUGUCUAACCCCAACACAUAAAGCCUGAAAGGUUCGUUUUGUCAGUAUAAAUAUUUUGGGUUCACAUUUAAGUUUAUUUUAGUCCAUUACUAGGAAUAGAAUUUGUGAAUAACACAAAUGUGUAAUUGGCAUUAUAGAGUUGGUAGAAAACCUCAGCAGCCCAUUUAUUUUUAUAUCUUAUUUUAUUUGCAUACUAUCAAGAAAAUUUGGGUCCACACAAACAUAAGUAAGUGUAAAUAAUAGCAGGUUUUAAACACACAUCUCAGGAGGUUCUUUAAUUAGAGAUAGCUGAAGUUAUAUUCCAAGGUUUAAAAAAAUAAAUUAUUCUGGUCGUAGAAGUUAAUACAUAAGCAUUCUCCAGUAUGGUUUAAAAAAAAAGGUGGGGGAGGAUAUUUAACACAUUAGAAUGUGCAUUUUUAUUAAGUUUUCAAAACUUAAUUUGAUUCAAACCUUUUGAAAACCCUAAUCACCUCCAAGAAGCUGAGUGUUGGCCCAGUGAGAGUUGAAAGCCACUGGUUAAUCAUGUGACAAAAGUCAGAAGUCUCUUUCUCCCACAUGUUUGAUGUUCUUACUCUCUAUUCCUUAUUUUGAAAAACUGUAAAAUCUUAUGAAGGUUUGAAUACCAAAGCACAGUUCUGCUUUCAAUAAUUGAAAUUUAAACUUGAAUAAUUUAAGCUACUUAAGCCACAAAAGGUAUCACUUUUAGUAAGCUAUAAAAGAUGAUUUUUAUCUACACUCUAGUUUAUACAGUUUCAUCUUUAUUUUCAUCAAUACCAUAUAAGCUACUGUGAGCAUUUUAGAGAAUUCCAUAAAGGUACUAUGAAUGUGUGUGUGUGUGUGUGUGUGUGUGUGUGUGUGUGUAGCAUUGUAUUUAAUCCUAGACUAAAUUUGAUACAGAAAUACUGCUGUACUUGCAUCUUAAGGUCAUGCAUCAAUUUCUUCUGGACUCUUUGUAUUUAAUUAAUGGGGGUCACAAUCUUCGUAUUCAUAAAUGCAUUUAAACUGGAAAUUGAACACCAGUGUUUGUCUUUCUUUUUCUACUAGUAGGAAGUUGUCUGCUUACCCCCUUUAGUGAAAACGGUAUUUUUGAUGUUUUUUAAAAUGUUAGCUACUUUAUGCCUGUACUAUAGACACCGAUCAUAAUUCUUGGAUGCUUUCAAACACUCUUAGUGCCUCUUUCUUUGGCCCAUUGAAAGUACUGGUUAGUAGUAUUUUGAAUGAAUACAAAGCCAGUAAAGUUAUAGAGACAACGAGGUGAGCCUGUCCCUCCUAAUCCUGUCCUGGGUCAUUCCCGUAGGUCUUGUCCUUUAUUGUCAGAUAAGCAAUCAGCUCCAUAGCAGGGAUUGUACAUAUGACCAAAUCAAGUGAUUACAGGGAGAGAGACUUCUAUCCUAGGGUAAGACUUAUUGUCAGUAACAUCUGAUACGUUAUAUGUAAAUAUGUAAUUUAAAAUACAGCUCUUAGAUGAAAAGCCAUGGUGUAUAUAAAUAAUGUAGACAUUAUGGACUUGAUAAGAUGAAAAGUUGAUUGUUGGGUUGUGGAGAUAAUUGGUUUUUACUCUGACUAAAUAUGUUUAUUACUACAACUUGAAAUAAUUUAGUUUGUCUUCUCUUCCAUAGACGUAACUUUCUUUCGGUUCAUUAUAAUGUCUGUUAUGAGUCUCAACAAACUGUUUAGUCAACGGAUUAACGUAGCUUCUACUUUCUUAACAUAGAAAGACAUGGACUUGUGUGAGUUGUUGUAAUCUGAAUCAAUUGUUGAUAAUCAUCCCAAAUUUCAACAGCAAAAUCUUAUGUAUAAGUUUAUUUUUCCCUCUUGCAUAACUUCUUUUGUAAAGAUCCAAUUGUAGAUAUUUUCUGCUACCAAAUAAAACUUUUCAAACAGUUUGGUUUCAA